AUGUUAUCAAUUUAGAAAGUAAAUAUUGCCACUCUCUAUAACAGAAAUGAAGAAUAUAAAUCAUGUAAUCGUGAGACUGAUAGAGAAGAUGGUUCUAAAAUUUGUAUAUCUCUAUAAUAAUUUUAGAAAAGUUUAAAGAAUUACUAAAUUAAAAUAUUAUCCCUAUCAAUGAACUACUUCAUUUAGCUUGGUCAGGAGUGCCUAGUGAACUCAGAAGUACUGUAUGGAGAUUAUUACUUAAAUAUUAAUCUCCAAAUAGGGAUGCAAAUGUAUAUUGGAUAAUAGACUUGGUUAGUUUACAAUCAUAGAGAGAAAAAGAAGUGUAUACUUUGGAAUGUGUGAUAUUUAUUUUGCCAAAAAUCAGCAAUAUGAUGAAAGAGAGAAAAAGAUAUUAAAAUAAAUAUCAGAAGAUGUUAAGCGUACAAUACCAGACUCUUCAGUGUUUAGAAAUCUUUAAAUUUAAACUUUAUUAGAGAGGAUCCUUUUUAUUUGGAAUAUACGUAAUCCUGCUUGUGGAUAUGUAUAAGGAAUGAAUGAUAUUGUUGCUCCUUUUUUAGUUGUAUUUUUGUCUGACUAUGUUGAUAUUGACACAACUAAAUUACAAUUUAUUAAUGAAAAACAAUUAGAUCAUUUAGAUUAAAGGUUGAUAAGAUAAGUAGAAGCUGACUCUUAUUGGUGUCUUUGUAAAUUAUUAGAAAGUGUUCUUGAUAACUAUACUAAUUCAUAACCAGGAUUGGUUAGAUUUUAUAAUAAAUUUAAGGAGAUAUUGUAAGCAUUAGAUAAAAAGCUUUAUGAACAUCUUACUACUUCAUUAUGUAAGAAUUUAUUUUUUAAUAAUAGCAAUGGAAUUAUAUGCAUUCAUUUUUAAAUGGAGUACAUGUAUGUUAUUAAGAAUGUUUUAAUUUGAAGUUGGAUUAAGAUUAUUUGAUACUUUAUUAGCAGAGGAAAAUAGUAUAUUAUUAUAAUAAUUAUAGACUAUUUUGAACUGUGUCUCUUUAUUAUUAUUUCUAUUUUAAUGAAAUUUUCUCUUAAAAUUUAGAAAUUAUAAUAUGAUGAAAUAAUGAUUCUUCUAGAAAAGAUACCUACAAGAGAAUGGUCAGAAUCAGAUUUGAGUCUUUGUUUAUCAGAGGCUUAUGCUUACUAAAGGAUUUUUUCUAAAAAAUGA